GCACCUCUACACCGAAGAGGGAAACCACAGCAGGCUUGUUGCUUCUCUUUUCCGGGGAAGAUCAGAAGUGGACUUGGGGCACAAGCAUCCAUGGAUCUCAGUCAGGAGGAGUUUACUCCUCUGAUAGUCAGAGACCGCGGAGGAAGCCAGAGGUCCAGCACGAGUACUGGUCCCAGUUUACAAGUACACGUCUACUUCCUCCCUGUCACUAAGGAUGCAUCAACAAUACACGUAUCAGCUGGGCACAUCUCUGCUGAAGAUAUCUGCAUCCAAGCAGCCAGAAGAUGCGAAAUUUUACCAGUUUACCAAAGUCUUUUUGGUUUAGCAUCUGGUGACCUCUCAUUCUGGUAUCCUCCAUCACACGUGUUCAAAAUGGAAGAAAACAUACACGUCCGCUUCAGACUCAGGUAUUUCUUUGGAAACUGGUAUGGACAAGGACCACGAAGGUCUUAUCGCUACACUCUGACCAGAGAUGGAAUCAGUCCCGUGUUUGACUACAAAGUCAUUGACUACCUCUUUGCUCAGGUACGAAGUGACUUUAUCAGGGGUGAAGCGGGAGUGACUCCGCCUUUGAGCACUCAAGAAGAAUGCCUUGGACUUGCAGUGCUGGACUUGUGGAGGAUGGCGAAGGAGCAUCAUCUGAGCGUCAGGGAUCUCUGCAAGACUGUCAGCUACAAAUCGUGCCUUCCUGCGUCACACCGCCGCGACAUCCAGAAACGGAACCGCCUGGACCGCUAUCGAAUCAGAACCACUCUGAAGCGUUUCCUCUUAAAACUCGGAAGCCGCUCAGUGGACGAGUGCAGCUUGAAACUGAAAUACCUGGUUGAAAUGGCUGGAAUCGUUCCCGACGUGGGAAGCGAAGUCUACUUUGUGAACGCUGGUUCUUGUCAUUCCGGCGGAACGUUCAGUCACAUGAGAGUCGGUGGCGAAACCGGCAUUCAAACCAGUGGAAGUUGUCAGCCUGAUGGUUCCUUGGAAUGGCAAACCUUCUGUGAUUUCCAGGACAUCCUUUCGAUUAGCAUCGAACGGAUAUCCCAUGAGCUGGUUCUCCAAGACAGCAGGAUGGUGACGGUGACUCGUCAUGACGACCGAUGUCUGGAAGCCAAUUUCCAGACUCUCAAAGAAGCGUUAUCAUUCGUAUCGCUCGUUGAUGGCUACUUCAGACUGACCAUCGACUCCAACCACUACUUCUGUCAGGACGUUGCCCCUGAAAGUAUUCUGGAGGGUAUCAAAAACCGCUGCCACGGACCAAUCACAUCAGAGUUUGCGGUCGACAAAUUGAAAAAAUCCGGAUCUAAAAGUGGAACGUUCUUACUCCGACAGAGUCCCAAAACGUUUGAUAACUUCUUUCUCACUGUCUGUAUUCAGACGUCGCUCGGACUUGAUUACAAAGACUGUCUCAUCGUUAAGAACGACUUCUACCGUCUUCCUGGUGUCCAGCAGUCCUUUUCCAGUUUGAGAGAGCUCACCGGUUUUUACCGACAACAUAAACUGCUGCUGGAUCGAGUACCGGCCAAGCUCGACCGCUGCUGUCCACCCCAACCCAAAGAGUUCACGAAUCUCAUCAUCAUACGCGACGGCAGCUCUGUAGAGGCUCGACGGUCCCCAACACCUGAGAGGAAAAAAUGUAGUCAUAUCCAGUUCCACAUGAUCAAAUAUGAAGACCUAAAAUGGGGUGAAAGCCUCGGACAGGGAUCCUUUACUCGGGUUUUUAAAGGAUCCAAAAUAGACAUCCGUGAUGGGGAGAAACAUGUGACGGAUGUUCUGCUGAAAGAACUCAACGGCGUUCACAAGAACUGCUGGGAAUCUUUUUUCGAAGCUGCCAGCAUCAUGAGUCAAAUCUCGCACAAGCACCUCCUUUUGGUUUACGGCAUCAGCGUUCAUGGAACAAAAAACAUCAUGGUCCAAGAGUUUGUAAAGUACGGCGCCCUCGACCUUUACCUAAAGAGGGGGAGAUCCGUGUCAGUGAGCUGGAAACUUGACGUCGCCAAACAACUCGCCUGUGCUCUCAACUUUCUGGAAGAAAAGAACAUUGUUCAUGGAAAUAUCUGUGCCAAAAACGUGCUACUGGCCAGAGAAGGUGACAUAACCAAGGGCAGCUCUCCUUUCAUCAAGCUAAGCGACCCUGGUAUCAGCGUUGCCAUGAUAGGCAGAGAUGUUAUCCUAGACAGAAUUCCCUGGGUGGCGCCUGAGGUACUGAAGGCCCCAGACAACCUGACCUUGGAGAGUGAUAAGUGGAGCUUUGGCGCCACUGUGUGGGAAAUCUUUAACGGUGGAAAUGCGCCGCUUCAAGACUGGGACCUUCAACAGAAGCAGCAGUUUUACAAAAGCUUCCAGCAGCUUGCGGCCUCUCAAUGGACGGAACUGGCUGAUCUGAUCAGCCAGUGUAUGAAUUACAAGGCAGCCUUCAGACCUUCAUGUCGCGGUCUCAUCCGUGACCUCAACAGUCUCAUCACAUCAGACUAUGUGAUACUCCACGCCACUGAACCCGUCGCACUGAACCCAGGGUGUCGAACAUCCGGCCCCUCCCUGCAUAACCAGACAUUAUUUGAGGAGCGGCACCUACGUUUUAUGUCACUGCUGGGAAAGGGAAACUUUGGCAGGGUUGAACUGUGUCGUUAUGACCCACUGGGAGAUGACACGGGUGAGAUGGUUGCUGUAAAGAAGCUGCAGCCCAGUAAACAAUCAACCGUGGAAGACUUUCGCAAGGAGAUCAAAACCCUCAGCAUGUUGCACUGCGACUUCAUCGUCAAGUACCGAGGUGUCUGCUACAGCAUGGGUCGUCAGGAUAUGAGUUUGGUGAUGGAAUACUUACCCCACGGAAGUCUUAUUGGAUAUCUACAAAACAACAAACACAACAUUGUCAUCAGGCGCCUGUUACUUUUUGCAUCACAGAUAUGUAAGGGAAUGGCGUACCUGCAGACAUUACGUUACGUGCACCGAGACCUGGCGGCCAGAAACAUCCUUGUGGCUAGCGAUUCCCUGGUGAAAAUUGCGGAUUUCGGACUGACUAAGAUUGUUCCCUUGGACAAGGAAUACUACAGAGUCACACAGCCUGGAGAGAGCCCCGUUUUCUGGUAUGCCCCAGAGUCCAUCAACGAGUCCAGAUUCUCCCAAAAGUCAGACGUCUGGAGUUACGGAGUUGUUCUUCAUGAGCUGUUUUCCUACUGCGAUGCAAAAUCCAGCCCCCAAAAACUGUGUAUGCAGGAGAUUGGAAACAGUGUGCACGGACUAUCCGUUUCAAUGCAUCUUCUAAAUGCCCUGAAGAAUAACUGGAGGUUGCCUCCUCCUCCCAACUGCCCACCAAAGGUCUACACUUUGAUGACACAGUGCUGGACGUACAACUUUGAGGAGCGGCCAUGUUUCUCCAGCCUGGAGGAUGACAUUGACAGCAUCAUGAGAGAAGAGAGAGAAAACCUGAAAGGCUAACUGAAGUACCGAAAUGGUUCAAAAACUAUUUAGGAAAUCAAUUUGUCUACUUAUGUGAUACUUUGAUUAAAAAAAAGUAUUAAGAAUUAUUAAAAGUUUGUCAUUU